GGGAAAACGAAAAGGUGCACAUAUUUUUUGAAUUCACUAAUGCAGGAAAAUGAAACUUGUAAAGAACUAAAAGUGGAAAUGCGCAAAAAUCCAAGAAAUGCAACCUGGGAGAGGAUAAAAGUAUCCAAGGUUGAUUAAUUGAUGCUGAACGAGUGUGGUUUGUCUCCUAACAUUACUUUUCAGUUUUCAUUCCAUUCUUGAGGAGAACAGAAGCAAAGAACCCACCACAAACCCUCUAUUUUACGUUACUAACAAGUAAAAGAUCACUGUUUUGAAACGUUUACAGUUGCACACAAAGAGAGAAAGAUAGAGUAAGGAGAGAGAAAGAGAGUCUUCAAUAACUUACAAAACUGAAAUAAAACCCUUCACUACUAGCACCUGUUGGUGUCUGUUUCAGUUCUCAUCCCAAUUGACCCUUACUGAUCUUUUUCUCAAAUUUCACAUUCCUAUAUUGAAAGGGUAGGGCUGUUUGAAACCUGGAAAAAUGGGUUUGUUUUCCGGGAUUUUUCUAGGGAUGGCAUUCGGCAUAGCAUUGAUGGCUGCGUGGCAGCGCAUGAUCAGGUACCGUAGCGCCAAGAGAAUUGCAAAGGCAGUUGACAUUAAACUCCUUGGGUCCCUUAACAGAGAUGAUUUAAAGAAAAUUUGCGGAGAUAAUUUUCCUGAAUGGAUAUCUUUUCCUGUAUAUGAGCAGGUGAAAUGGCUAAACAAGCAGCUGUCCAAACUUUGGCCUUUUGUGGCAGAUGCAGCAACAUUGGUGAUAAGAGAAUCUGUUGAGCCACUAUUGGAAGAGUAUAGACCUCCUGGAAUUACUUCAUUGAAGUUCAGCAAACUGUCCCUUGGAACUGUUGCUCCAAAAAUUGAAGGCAUUCGUGUUCAGAGUCUUAACCAAGGUCAAAUCAUAAUGGACAUUGAUUUCCGUUGGGGUGGUGAUCCCAAUAUUGUUUUAGGUGUUGAAGCUGCCCUUGUUGCAUCAAUUCCUAUUCAGUUGAAGGAUCUCCAGGUUUUCAGCAUUAUUCGUGUUAUAUUCCAGCUUGCAGAAGAGAUCCCCUGCAUUUCUGCUGUUGUUGUUGCCCUACUUGCUGAGCCCCAGCCUAGAAUUGAUUACACUCUGAAGGCUAUUGGUGGAAGUUUGACGGCACUGCCUGGAAUUUCUGAUAUGAUUGAUGAUACUGUGAAAACAAUUGUUACUGAUAUGCUCCAAUGGCCUCAUAGGAUUGUUGUUCCUCUUGGCGGUAUACCUGUUGAUACUAGUGAACUGGAGCUUAAACCCCAGGGAAGGCUAACAGUGAAUGUCCUGAAAGCAAAUGAUUUAAAGAAUAUGGAAAUGAUUGGGAAGUCUGAUCCUUAUGUAGUUGUCUAUAUUCGACCACUGUUUAAGGUUAAAACGAAGGUGAUUGAUAACAACUUGAACCCUGUUUGGAAUGAGAUAUUUGAAAUGAUUGCAGAGGACAAGGAGACCCAAUCACUCAUUCUCGAGGUUUAUGAUAAAGACAUUGGGCAAGAUAAGCGGUUGGGAAUAGCAAAAUUACCACUUAUUGACCUGGAAGCAGAAACUGAAAAGGAGGUUGAAUUGAGGCUGCUGUCAUCGCUUGAUACUCUGAAAGUGAAAGACAAGAAGGAUCGAGGAACCUUGACAAUAAAGGUCUUUUAUCAUCAAUUUGACAAGGAAGAACAGUUGGCUGCACUAGAAGCAGAGAAAAGGAUACUAGAAGAAAGGAAGAAACUUAAAGAAGCGGGAGUUAUAGGAAGUACAAUGGAUGCACUAGAUGGAGCGGCAUCGGUAGUUGGGUCUGGUGUUGGAAUGGUUGGCACUGGUGUUGUUGCUGGUGCUGGACUAGUGGGAAGUGGAAUUGGUGCUGGAGCUGGGCUUGUUGGCAGUGGCAUUGGUACUGGAGUUGGUCUUGUUGGCAGUGGUCUUGGUGCUGUUGGUAGUGGACUAAGCAAAGCAGGAAGGUUUAUGGGAAGGACAAUCACAGGGCAAGGUGUAUCCAGAAGGAGUGGUUCAUCUACUCCUGUCAAUAAUGUGGAGGAGACUGGUGGUGGUGCUAAGCCUCUGUAGCAGUUACUGCAUGGACACUGCAAGAGUCAUGAAGUGACCUUGAAUGUUUAGCUUAAGCUUUCACAGUAGAUAUAUAUUACCUUUGUUGUUUGUUUUCUAUAAUCUGAGGCUGUUGUUAAUGCAAAUAGUUGAACAAUGAUAGCAGAAACAUCACUCUAGUUUUAGUUGUACCAUACUACCAUCCUUUUCUGUAAUUAUCUUUCACUGGAUGUGUAAUAAAACGUAUUGUAAAAAAUUCUCUUAUUUAAUUGAAAAUCAAGGUGAUUCAAAAACAAAAAAUUAUGUU